GUGAGCGUUGAUAUGAUUGGCCGGCGGAAGAUAGUUCUCUUUUCCUUCCUGGCUGCUUGAAGAUCAGCCGCCCUUAUGAACGACACGGUAACUAUCCGCACAAGGAAGUUCAUGACCAACCGACUACUUCAGCGGAAACAAAUGGUCAUCGAUGUCCUUCAUCCUGGGAAGGCAACAGUACCUAAGACAGAAAUUCGGGAAAAACUAGCCAAAAUGUACAAGACGACACCAGAUGUCAUCUUUGUGUUCGGAUUCCGAACCCAUUUUGGUGGUGGCAAGACAACUGGCUUUGGCAUGAUUUACGAUUCCUUGGAUUACGCAAAGAAGAAUGAGCCCAAACACAGGCUUGCAAGACAUGGCCUGUACGAGAAGAAAAAGACCUCGAGAAAACAGCGAAAGGAACGCAAGAACAGAAUGAAGAAAGUCAGGGGGACUGCAAAGGCCAAUGUUGGUGCUGGCAAAAAGAAGGUAACCUGUUUUGAGAAGCCACGUAAUGUAGUAUCUUAACACCUCAGUAGAGUAGCUUUGCCCACCCCUUGUUAGCUCGCAGAUUAGCACAACAUGGGGCCACAUCGGUUCGGUGAUCGGUAGAGUGAUCCUGGUGGGUGCCUUGCAAGUCCUAUCAGGAAAGUUUUCAUUUUACUGCUAAUUAGAAAGAUUGUUAAAGGGGGAGCAGAUCUAGUUUCCCAAGACUUAUUUUCUUAAAAUUGACAACUGAUUGAAGAAGCAGCUGAAUCAAUGUGGCCCAUGUUUUCCUGGCAUGCUGGAGAGGUAGCACAGUUCUCCAUUGCUUUCCUCUCCAGUUAGUCAGGACUUAAGUGAUUUUAAUGAUGAGCUUUUUACCAGCUUUGCUAGCUAAUUGUAAGUAGUUGAAUGGAAUUAAGGUGUUGGGUUGUUAAAUUAACAAAUAAUCAAGUGUUCUGUGAACUUUUUUUUUUUUUUUUUUUGCCUUUUUCCUCUACUUUCUUGGAAUUCUUGUU